CGCCUGCCCCGCCCCGCCCGGCACCGCGGGCCCGCUCGCAGGCAGCCGAUCGCCGCCCCGCCGCCUCCCCGUCCGCGCUCGGGCCGGCCCCAGCCAUGUCCAAGCCGCCACCUAAACCGGCCAAGCCAGGGCAGGUUAAAGUGUUCAGAGCCCUGUAUACAUUUGAGCCCAGAACGCCAGAUGAACUGUACUUUGAAGAAGGAGAUAUCAUUUACAUCUCAGACAUGAGUGAUACAAAUUGGUGGAAAGGAACUUGCAAAGGGAGGACUGGACUAAUUCCAAGCAACUAUGUGGCAGAGCAAGCUGAGUCUAUUGAUAACCCACUGCAUGAAGCUGCCAAACGUGGCAACCUAAGCUGGUUGAGAGAGUGUUUGGAUAAUCGAGUUGGGGUCAAUGGCUUAGACAAAGCUGGAAACACAGCUCUGUACUGGGCAUGCCAUGGAGGCCACAAAGAUAUAGUGGAUGUUCUGUUUACCCAGGCAAACCUAGAGUUAAACCAACAGAACAAAUUGGGAGACACAGCUUUGCAUGCUGCUGCAUGGAAAGGUUAUGCAGAUAUUGUAGAGAUGCUGCUCGCAAAGGGGGCAAGAACAGAUCUGAAGAACAAUGAGAAGAAACUGGCUUUAGACAUGGCAACCAAUGCAGCUUGCGCUUCCCUGCUUAAGAAGAAACAGAGUGCAGGUGCAGUCCGAUCAUUAAGUAAUGCAGAGGAAUACCUCGACGAUGAAGACUCCGAUUAGCUUUUUUCAUUCAGCCUAAAGAACUAUAACUUGCGUUGCUUUUGUCAUUCCCAAAACAUAUCUUUACAACUGUAAAAAUAUCUUACUUAGAGUAUUGCAGUCUUCCAAUAUAGCAUAUAAAUGAGAGGGUGAAAUCAUGCUUUCCAAAGGAAUAAUCUUCAUGUCUGCCAGAAGAUGCCACAUUUUAAAUCAGAGUUCCUUUGGAAUUAUCUUACAGAGGAAGUGUGGCAUACCCUUACUGUUGAACGGGCAGAGGACCAUCUUCUAAACUCACAGGUUUCAUCUCAGGCCUUCCCAGCAAGUGCCUUGUGUCUCUGGAAUACACUCCUCAAACUGAAAGGUCCCUCUGGGACAGCAGGACACCAUUGCUAACAUUUCCCAAAAUCUCCCUGGGUAUAGGUUCCUUUGUGCAGAUAAGAUAAUAUUGGCAGUCAGUACUGGCUGACAGGCAUGAAUGGAGAUGCUGCUAUAAAGAGUGACCAUCUUUUGCCCGCAUGGAGCCAGCAAGACAAGGUUUGAUUUAAAAAAAAAAUAUUUUUUG